CUUUAUGGCUUUUAUAGGUCUAGUCCCGGUGGUGUAGCUGAUAACGGAGUUCAAGGUGCACGAGGAAAAGGGUUGCCGCAUGUAAUCUAUUGUCGUCUUUGGAGGUGGCCAGAUCUUCAGUCUCAUCACGAGCUUAGAGCUAUUGAUCAUUGUGAAUACUCUUUUACUCAAAAAAAGGAUGAGGUGUGUGUAAACCCUUACCAUUAUCAGAGAAUACAAACACCUGUUUUACCAGCUAUUUUGGUACCGAGACAUAAUCUUUCAAAUGACGAUUCGGUACUAUACAAUACAUCUUUUGAAGAACUUAACGUUAGUGUUCCUGAAAAUACAAGUUUUCACGCUACACUAAAUCAUCGAUAUAGUAAUCAGCAAGGCAUCCCUCAUUCAUCACAACAGCAACAACCAAAUAACCCAUAUCAAGCGAUGCAGAAUAUGCAAGCAACCAGUCCCGCAAGUGUAGGAAGUUUGGGAAGUAUUCAAGGUUCACCUCAUCCUGCGUCUGGGUCAAUGGAUCCACCGGCAGAUACUCCGCCACCUGGGUAUAUUAGCGAAGACGGUGAUAAUAUUGACCACAAUGACAAUAUGUCUCUUUCACGUUUAUCACCUAGUCCUGUAGAUGCUCAACCGGUUAUGUAUUGCGAACCAGCAUUUUGGUGUUCGAUAAGCUACUACGAAUUAAACACAAGAGUUGGUGAAACAUUUCAUGCUUCACAACCGAGUAUAACGGUGGAUGGAUUUACGGAUCCCAGUAAUUCUGAACGUUUUUGUCUUGGUUUGCUGUCAAAUGUUAAUAGAAAUACAGUGGUGGAGCAAACCAGACGACAUAUUGGCAAAGGAGUUAGAUUGUACUAUAUCGGUGGGGAAGUUUUUGCUGAGUGUCAAUCUGAUUCAAGCAUUUUCGUUCAAAGCCCAAACUGUAAUCAACGCUAUGGAUGGCAUCCAGCGACUGUCUGCAAAAUACCUCCAGGCUGCAAUCUGAAAAUCUUCAAUAAUCAGGAAUUCGCAGCCUUGUUAUCACAAUCAGUAUCUCAGGGAUUUGAGGCCGUUUAUCAACUAACAAGAAUGUGUACAAUAAGGAUGAGUUUCGUAAAAGGCUGGGGUGCAGAGUAUCGUCGUCAAACUGUAACUUCAACUCCAUGUUGGAUUGAACUACAUUUAAAUGGCCCCCUCCAAUGGCUUGAUCGAGUUCUUACGCAAAUGGGAUCACCUCGCUUACCUUGUUCCUCAAUGUCUUAA